AUGCAACAGACACUCCAGCACGAAAACCCACAAAUUACUAAUACUAACGCACUAACAAUUCAUACGACACAAAAUACGUUAACUCCUCAAAUUACAACAACACGCGGGCCACGUUCCCCCAUUGUCGUGGGUCUUGCCGCCUGGGUGCAGCCAACCGGUGCUGGAGUUGGUGCUGCAACAUCAGAAAUCAUUGCGACGCCAGUGACAAGAACUAAAGCUUCACCGACAAAUCCCCAAAUUUCAGGAACUGUGGAUGCCUUUGCGCACUCUUCUGCAGCCAUUCUACCUUCAACGCAGCCUCACUUAACAUAUCAUAACUCUUCCAACACGUCGACCGUUCCCGUAGUUACCAUAUCUGCUCUCUUAACACCUGACCCACGAACCGAGGAACUCUUGGGAGCCUUAACAAUUGAACAAUUGUCAAUGAUCGAAAGGACCGUGCAACGUGUUAAGAGGAAAAAGGCUAAAGAAUCCAAAAAGCUAAACCCCUCGGAUGAAAUCGCCAACGCUACCACUGACAUGGAUAGCCUUGUCGUCAAUAUUAAUGUGCAUAAUUCGACUACACAAAACACGUCAAUCUCAAAUUCUACAUCAAUUUCACCGAACCAACAAAUACGAUCACAUCAAAAUCAACAACAACAAAUAAAUCUACAGCAACACCAAUUUUAUGCCCCGCAUCAAUAUCAACAACCUUCUCCUCUACCAACUUCUGAAAAGUCACGACAAUCAACAGAUACAAUGUCUCCAAAUAAACUAGAUAUUCCGAUUUCAAAUCCCACACCAAAUCAUGCCCUUCCGGCUACGGAUCCCAUAAUUGAAGAAUGUAAUGGAAUACCGUGGGUUGUCUUCACUUAUUCAGUUAAAGGUAACAAUAAAGAAUAUCGUAUACGCAUUGAUAUUGAUAAAGCAAAUUUAGAGGAUAUCGAUGAGCAAUUCAGACGCGAAAAUUGUCUGUAUCCAAGGGCUAAUUGCACCGAAGAUAAAUAUAAAGGAAACAGGUGGUCUUAUGAAAAUGAAUGUAACUCUCUUGGAUGGAAGUUAGCAUGGUUAAAUAAAGAAGAGAUUGGAGGUAGAAGAGGGUUGCUACAAAGAGCCGUGGAUAGUUACAGAAACCGAGAUCCCGUGUUACGUUCUCGUAGAGUAGUUCGUAACGAAAAGAUCAUGAAUGGAACUUUACGUAAGAGAGUUACGAGAGACGGAGAUGUGCAUGAUGGUAUAAAUGAUAAUUCAGCAAAGAGACAAAAAGGUGUUGCUAAACAAUUGACAUUGGAAUCUUUUGAAAAAGGUACAUCUACUAAAAUUAGAAUACGUGUUGAUGUAGAUGCUAUAAAUUUAAUGGAGAUACCUGAAGAAUUUAAAAAGAACAAUUGUAUUUUUCCAAAAGCUAAUGUGCCAAAAAAUGAGUAUCAAGGUUCUAAUGAGACGAAUAUUAACGAAUUGGGAUGGAAGUUGGCUUUUCUUAAUCAAUCUAAACUUGAUGGUAAGAAAUCACUCCUUCAAAAAGCGAUAGAUUUAUAUCGAACAAAGUAUAACACUGCAGAAAUAAGACCUAGAAGAGGAAGAUAUUCACAUACGCUUUCCAAUAAAUUUUUUGAGAAUCAUCCGUGUGAAGUCACUUCAGGUGGCAUAAAUUCUAUUAAUCCUUCAACUUCGCUCGUUAACAAUACUGAAUUCACAACGGAAGCAAAUUUGAACGAUACCGUUUCAAAUGGAUCAUCAAAAGAAUUUACAACGGAAGGAACAAAUAAUAUGGAUGAAUGA